AUGGCCAACGAAAUGAAAACAAUUUUAUCCCAUUUCACCACACAACAAAGGGACACGAGCAACAAACUGGACGAAAUACUGAAGCAAAACUUGGACCUUACCAAGAGGAUUAGAGACGUCGAGAACAAACUAGUUGAAGCAAACAGGAAGAAUGACGCCCUGAGACAGUCGGUAUCAGAACUGAUGAACGCCGGGAUAACGACCCAAGAGGUACCUCGUUCAAACCCGAAAACGAGCCAGGAGAGAAGGAGAGAAGCCACGACGAACGAAACCAGUCAGACCAACAAGACGCCGACGACCAACCACCAGCCCAACAAGAAAAAGAACACCACACCAGAAAAGGCCACUGCAGCACACCACCCAUCGAGAUUGGUAGUACGCUUCAAACCGGACGGCAUCAAGGAGUACAACAAGAUCAGUCCCGAGGAACUCACCAGAAACAUUAACGGCGCCAUGCGGAACGCGAACAUCAUGAGAGCAGGCCAAGGCAUCCCAACCAAAGAUCCUCCGCUGGUCGUAGCAGCCCGCUACACAGAAAGAAACUCCAGCCUGGUGAUUUCAACUCGCGAAGACCAAACAGCGGAACAACUCAUGGACUUCUUUGACGACUUCAAAGGAGCCCUGGCUAUAGAUAUAGGCAAGUACAAACUGGAGGCACACGCUGACAAAAAAUGGUUUAAGAUACAGGUAGAUAACGUGGCCACUCUGGACUACUAUGGCGAAGUGCUAGAACCCGAUUCCAUUCAGAAGGAACUGUCGACGAACAACCCAUCAGUGCAGGAACUGGAGAAGACAGGGCAUCUAUCAAUGCCACCGAGAUGGCUGAUACCUGCAGAGGAACUAAAACGACAAUCGAGAAAGAGGUCCUCUUUCAUCUUUGCGACGGACGUUGAAGAGGCGGCAGUAAAAAUCGUUAAAGGAGGAUACUUAGCGCUAUUCGGACAAUACUGUGGAGUUCGCCCCUUCCAAGAUAGACCACCGGUACAACAAUGCAACGAUUGCUGGAGAUAUGGUCACUUCACAAAGACCUGCAAAUAUACAAGAACAUGCAGAUUAUGCAGCUCCGAAGACCACGACGAGAACCAGCACCAAGCCAUCUGCUCUAACUGCCGAGCAGAAGCGACAGCGGAAGACCUUGACGACGUAGAUAUGGCUGGCGAAUGCGUUCACCACACUAAGUGUGGUAACUGCUAUCGUGCUGGCAACACUGAGGAUUUGGGGCACGCGGCAAACAGCAGAGAAUGCCCUAUCCGAAAGAACCUGUAUGGUACGGUGCGAAGUGCGAAACAACGAGAAGACGGCGAUCAAGAAGGGGAACCCGUACCAAGUCAUGAACAAAAAACCCCACAAACCCAGGAGAAAGAAUGA